AUGUCGCAGUUCAACUCGGUUCUAUUGGUUGGUGGUGCUGGAUUCCUAGGAUCCCAUCUUGUACAGCAAUUCCGCACCAACAAACCAGACGUUGAAAUUCACGUGUUUGACAUUCGUCCUUUUCCAGAGAAGCUCGCCAAGUACUUCACUUUCGACCCAAAAGAGAUCACAUUUCACCAAGGAGACCUGACCUCGGCAGAAGAUGUCUCUAAAGCGAUCAAGGAUAGCAAGUGUCAAGUAGUGGUGCACUCGGCUUCUCCUGUUCACGGUUUAGGAAAGGACAUUUACGAGAAAGUUAACGUGUUGGGGACGCAGACUCUCCUACAAGUCUCCAAGGAGCUCAACAUCAAAGCUUUCGUGUACACCUCAUCGGCUGGAGUAAUAUUUGAUGGAUCUGAUGUCUACAAUGCCAAUGAGACGUGGCCUAUACCUAAAGUUGCCAUGGAUGGUUAUAAUGAAACCAAGGCAGCUGGUGAAGAUAUGGUACUGAAAGCCAACGAUCCUAAAAACGGAUUCCUUACCAUUGCGUUGAGACCUGCCGGAAUUAUUGGUCCUGGUGAUCGUCAAGUCGUUCCAGGCUUGAGGCAAGUUGCUCGCACUGGUCAAUCAAAAUUUCAGUUAGGAGACAACAAUAACCUAUUUGAUUGGACCUAUGUUGGAAAUGUUGCCGAUGCCCAUGUUUUGGCUGCUGAGAAGUUGUUGAGUGCUGACACUCGAGAUGCUGUCUCUGGUCAAGCCUUCUUUAUUACCAACGAUGCUCCAGCGUACUUUUGGACGCUGGCCAGAGCUGUUUGGAAAGCGGACGGACAUAUUCCAGCCAAGACCGUCGUUUUACCCAGGCCGGUAGCUAUUGUUGCAGGUUAUCUCUCUCAAACUGUUGCUGGGCUUUUGGGUAAGGAGGCAGGUUUAACUGCUUUCAGAGCUAAAGUAGUCACUGCGACUAGAUAUCACGAUAUCACCAAGGCAAAGACGCUGUUGGGAUAUAAACCUCAGGUUGAUAUCGAAACUGGAAUUAAAUACACUCUGGAAUGGCUCAAUGAGGUUGUCUGA